UUACCUACCUACACAGGAUAUCAGCUCCAUGGAUCUCAAGUUGUGCCUAGGGUAAUCUAACAACCACCCCCAGUGCUGCAUCAACUUACCAGGAUAACAUACGUCUAGGUGUUGGCCGCUAUUGGUGGCUACAACAGUCUUGGAGAUCGCAGGUUGUAUCCGUCAAUGAGUCAAUAGCAACACUCGAACACCCCCGCGGUGAACAAACAAGUGACAACCCAACUGCAAGUGACAGCAACUAUCCACGAGUUUAGAGGACCACAACCUCUCAUUAAUCUUCAACAUCACUGAGCCUCCAUACGGCCUAGGCCGUAAAAGCCAGGCAAGCUGCCUUUGAAUAGCAAUAUGGCAGCAAGCCCCAGCUUUGAUGGGCUUGCUCUGAAAUAUGUGCUUGCAGAUAAUGAUGAGUUACACGACAUUUCUGAACAAGCCGCCCAAGCUAUUGAGGAAUCCGCCAACAAGAGGGUUACCGUGGGCCAAUGGGCCGCAUCUAUCCAGCGAUGGCUACAGUCAUCAGGUGACGAUGAUCUUAUCUCGAGGGCCAAAGCCCUGGACUUCCUCGCCAGUACUCUACAAGUGUUGUCAAGAAGAGACGAUACCCUGAAGAGCGAUCAGGUUACAUUACUCGUUACCUUCUUCUGCUCACUAUUUGAAAAUGACCAUAAGGCCGGCGUUACAGCGUCCGCUAAGGCACUGAGGCAGCUUGUUGUAAUGAAGCACUUUCAACCCGCUCUUGGUGAAAACAUCCUUCAGGGUGUUUGUAAGUUGGGAGAUGAUUUCAAGUUACAGGCUCCUCAAACGCGCUUAGAGAUCUACCGUCUUUUCCAGAGUAUUUUGGGUACCCUCGCCAAGGCCUAUGGACCAGGCCAUUGGCAAGGUAAUGCGAACGGAUUUAUUCCUGCACUCCUCACCUUGUGUCAAAAUGAAAGAGACCCCGAGAAUCUUAUGGUGUGGUUCACAAUCUUAAAAACAUUUCUUCACGACUUUAACCCAUCAACCGAUGUCACAUCAGACAUUUUCAAGGCAUUCUCUGCCUAUUUCCCCAUCUCGCUCAGAUCUUCAACGGUACCAACCACCGUGACUACCGAUGACUUGAAGCUGACGUUGCGUUCUUGCUUCUCUGCACAUCACCGUGUGGCCGGAUCCGCUAUCCCUUUUCUCAUAGACAAGUUAGACAAGGUUGAUCAGACAGUCGCCGUCAAGGUGGAUAUCUUACUUACUCUAGACGCUUGUCUAACCGAAUACGAGGCUCCAGAGCAAAGUAUUGUGCCUCAUUCAGAUCUUAUAUGGAGCUCCCUUAAGUAUGAAGUCCGCAAUGGCGAGAUUCAAGAUAUCAUCAAAGCAACCCUUAAAGUGCUGUGCUCACUGUCAAAACGACUUGGUGGAGAGCAUGCUCAAUCUUUCUUAGGCAAUGCCUGGAAAGAUCUCAAGGAAGAUAUAUCAGACUCAAAGUAUACCGCGCAAGCAGGGCGUCUACUUGUUGCGGUCGUUGGAGCAACUCCCCAGUCGUUUGCGCUGCUGGUGCCGCGAGCACUGGAACACAUUAAAACAACUAUUAAGCACAAUACCUCUAUUUUACAUAAAAGGCAUCUUAUAGCUCUCAUGAGCUCGUUAGUGAAGUUGCGACUACAUCUCGUUUCUGACUUAGACUUUAACCAGACCCAGCCUAAGGACCGGGUUCUCCUCUCGGAUGAAUUGUUUGGAGAUACGCUAUUUAACGACUUAUAUUUGCCGUUCUGGAGAGAUCAUUCAGCACCUUCGGCGCCCCUUGAAAAUGUUGGUGUUCUGGUGGAGGCAAUGCAAGGGCUGGGAGCCUUGGUUGGUCAGGUAUCCAGUGGGAAUGGCCCUAUUCGCCAAUUAUGCUCCGAUUCCACCUGUGAAACAAUCAUUGGUUUACUUGCCAAACCGGCCAUCAUCUGUCCCCUCGAAGGUCAAAAGUUUCUCGAUUCUACUCACGAGAUUGUACCUGAGGAGCUGCUCAAUGCAGGUGAAGAGGCCCUGAGGAAUGCAGUACCCCUUUAUCCGCCUUCAUUUGAGCAUCUUCUACUACAAUAUUUACGCUCUCUUCAGCACGCAUACCAAACCAAUACGCAUGAAUUAAAUUUACAGAUCCGGAACGUAUCUAGCACUCUAUGCGCAAUAGUCCAUUCAGGGAAGUUGGAAGCUGCAGCAUGCUGGGUUAAUGAGGCGGCCUUGAUCAAUACCUUCCUACAAAGCUUACAAUGGAUGCUGUCCCAGCAAGCAGACCCAAAGUUCCUGGUCGUUUUUGUUGAUACGAUCCAUGUGACGCUAAAGCGAGCUUUGAAGCUAGGAUCGACAUGGGAUGCUACCCCGGAGCUCACAAAAGAGACGUUUCAAGGUCUCGAGCAUCAGUUUGAUGCGAACGACGUCCCUCGUGUUGACCUCAACCGCACCGGAAAGAUCACAGCUUUAGCGACUGAAGAAAUUAGUGCUAAAUGUCCACGACGUGCAUACUAUGUCUUCGUAAUUCAGCAGCUCUAUCGUCGAUUCACGGCCGUCUCAAAUCCGAGCUCAUCACCAAGCGAAUUUACAACUGUUACCCUUGGCGCAGACCUGGACGGGAGCGACCCUAACUUAGUUUCAAGGGAGGAUAUUCUUCUAAAUCAACUGGGUCAAUUAGCAACAUCAGUGGUCAGAACAUUAAGCGAAGAAGAGCAGAGAGCGCUUAACCUAGAUUAUGAAGCUUUUGGUCUAUUUCAUCUGCAGAGUGAGGACUCGGCACAAGAAUCCGUGCUACCAUCACAGCUCAGUCCAGCCAACAAUUUUCGAACCGCGCCACUAUCGCUGGGUAUUAUACAAGGUCUAUGGCCGGGGGCAAUACGUACAGAAAUACACUUACCUGUGCUCGAUAACUUAAUUGACGUCUUAAUGACUUCACCAAUGCCGUGUUCCGAGGCAGCAAGAGCAGUGAUGGACGCGUUGGUCUGUGUUUUGUCAAACAAACUUGAUGCCAAAAACAACGGCUCCCUCGUCAAACAGCGGCUACAGACACAAGAACGUCUUAUCUCUAAAAUGCAUGAUUUGAUGGGUCAUGCACAUGACACUGGUACUACUGGCUCAAAAAUUCGAACAUUCCGCAGCAUCCUCCAUUAUCUCGCCGGCGAUAUAGCCCGUCCGCUCACCGGAUCAGACCAGAACCAACUCCUUACCUUAGUAGUCGAUAAAGCGCCUUCAGAUGUUAUGAUGGGCCGGCUUUUCGCGCAAAAUCUUGGCCUGUUGGUGAUGCCACGAGAGUCUUUGUCGGAUAUCAACCACCCGAUACGGAAAAAGCUUGGCCCUGGGUGGUUCAACCACAAAAACGUAAUUCCGUACCUUGACCGCUGCUUCCCGGGAGAGGGAGUUGACGAGCAUGGGGCGAUUAACCGCGCCGUGGGAACUUUCUCUAUCCUGCGCCAUCUGAGUUAUGACAUUUACUCCUCUGAAGCGGCUCGCAUUGUGCGCAUCGGAAUCCGAUCCUUAUCCACAUUCCAAGUAGGCGUAGAGACGGACUCUCUACUCGCUGUCCUCCUUCACAUUCUCGAGAAAGAUCCUGCGGAGCUCCGGGGACAUCUUGCGGCCUUAAUUCAAGGCCUAGUGUCUAUCUACACCACUGCGCGCAAUGCUGCCGGUGCUAGACAACGUGAUUCCAUCGCCACGCGCAUGCACACGCUGCAGUUCUGCCAGAAACUCACGGAGAGCAAAUACGACAACCACCUUCUCCUGCCGCAUCGUAGGGACUUGCUGCGUCCCCUUGCGGCUGCUUGUGGCGAUUCGGUUAGAGAGAUUCGUCGCACGGCGCUUAAGGCGAGGCAGGCUUGGGAAGGACUGGGCUAGUAUAUAGGUCUUCAGACCAUAGCCGCCGACCCGCGUCUCUAUCUUGACUAAAGGAUUGAUUAGUACAUAGAUUCUAGUUAUGGCGACGAUGAAAGUAGAGAUACUGUUAGAAACGAGUCGAGUGCCCAGAUAACAAACCUAAUUGUAUAUGAGCAUCUUCUUCAAGUACAUAGUGCAGCUCGCAACAUGAACAAAAAUCACAAUGGGGCAGUUAGCUGAAGUUCACAUAUGCAUCUCAUCUACCCACUCUGUCGCUG